AGCAAAUCAACGUCUAUCUAAUAGUUAUUUGGUCUAGUUACGAUAUAGUUACAUCGUACAUUGAGCACGGGUAUAUUUUAAUUUUACAAAGACUAAAAAAUGAUUGUUCAUCGAAUUCCGUUGAAAAUAUUAUCAACAGUAGUGUUGGUAAUGUUUUUAUUGGUAAAUCAACUACUAUGCCAAAAGUAUUUAAUGUACAAGAUACCAAAAAGUAUAGGUGAAGUUUGCCGCAAAGGUGAUGGGAUAUCUUCUGACUACAUAUGUAUGGAUAUUAAGGACUGUCAAGUUGCAAAAGAAGGACUUAUGAAAAACAUUUUUCCUCAGCAUUGCUUAUUCGACAGAACAAAUCCAAAUCCAAUUGUUUGUUGUCCGCAAGAUCCUACAAAAAACAAAACAAACAAUAUUAUUAACUCAUAUUCUUCCACUGAAAUGUGUGAAGAAUAUUCAAAAUUAAUUUAUCGUAAUAUUAUGAACCCAAUACCAUCAGAUGAUCAGGAUUUAUACAUACAAUUUGCAGAUUGUGUUGAUGCCCAUAUCUUAAUUACUAAUGGUGCACAAUCUAAACCAAUGGAGUUUCCUCACAUGGCUUUACUAGGUUAUGAUGAAAAACCAGACAUGUAUUCAUGGUUAUGUGGAGGUUCACUGAUAAGUAAGAGAUUUGUACUAACAGCAGCCCACUGUGAAAAAUCAGGCACUAAAGAUACACAGAGAUUUGCAAUAUGGGCUCGCUUAGGUGAACUAGACUAUCUUUCGAUCAACGAAGAUGCCAGACCUACAGACUAUAGAAUAGUAGAACGAAUAAUACAUCCGAAAUACAAAGCAUAUUCCCAUUACAAUGAUAUAGCAUUGUUUCGUUUAGAAAGAGAUGUAGAUUUCUCAUCAUAUGUACGACCUAUUUGUCUCAAUAGAAAUCAUUCUUUGACACCACCAGCAGUAAUAGCUACGGGAUGGGGUAACACUGAUACAGCUUCACUUGGCAGCUCACAUUUAUUAAAAGUACAAAUACAAACUGUUUCGGCCGAAGAGUGCAAUAAAAAUUUUUUGUAUCUGCCAAAUAAAGAACAAAAAUUAGCAAAAGGAAUCCUUAAAGACUUAAUGGUGUGUGCUGGCAAUCCAGAAGGCGGAAAUGACACUUGUCAAGGCGAUUCAGGUGGUCCUAUUCAAAUAAAACAUAAUAGUUACAAGUGCAUGUAUUCACAAAUAGGGAUUACAUCAUUUGCAGGGCCAUUUUGUGGACAAGCCAAUUCGCCUGCUGUUUAUACACGAGUAUCAAAAUAUAUUUCAUGGAUUGAACAAAUUGUCUGGCCAAAAGUUUAAAAAC